UGGCUAGGCUUAUACCUGUUUAUGUGAAGUCCAGAAUCAGCACCAGUUUUGCAUCUUAAAGUACAGGAAAGAGAGUCAUAUCUCAGCGAGUUCUUUGAUGCAUGCAGCAGAAAUUUGUCUGUGUUCAAAUAUAUUCUCUGGGAUGUGGCUGACUCUUAGUGAUUUUACGGUGGCAAUGAACUGAAUUGUAGUAUCAUCUCCAUGUCGUCUUCCAGGAGAGAAUUUUUCGUGUCUAAUGAAACUUGUAGUUGAGAAGUAUCAUGCGUAAUAUAAGUUAUGUCAGAAGCAAAUGAAUACUUGAAACUAAUUCAGGAUGCAGUUUCUGCUUACAAGCCCUGUUCACAAGAGAACUGCAGCUGCCAUUUAUCAGUAAUUGAAAAAGACUUGUUACCUUUCAAGUCUGGAAUCACCAAAGAUAUGAUUAAUUCUGUAAAGGACAAAGGUACCCGAUACCAAACCAUAAAUCAUCAUCUGUAUCGUGAUGCAGACUGUAUGUUUCCAGCACGCUGUGCAGGAAUUGAGCACUUUAUUAUUAAAUUGCUUCCAAAACUCCCAGACAUGGAAUUUGUUAUUAACACACGUGACUGGCCGCAAAUCAGUAAGCAUUUUGGUCCACCAAAGCCUGUGUUUUCAUUCAGCAAGACAAGUGACUAUUAUGACAUCAUGUACCCAGCAUGGGGAUUCUGGGAAGGAGGACCUGCUAUCAAGUUAUAUCCACAAGGUUUGGGGCGUUGGGACCAACAUCGUAUCUCAAUGAAAGCUUCAGCAGACAGGUGGCCUUGGGAACAUAAAAGACCAGUGGCUUUCUUCCGUGGUUCUCGAACAAGUAGUGAGAGAGAUUCUCUUGUUCUGCUGUCUAGAGAUCGGCCAGAAUUAGUGGAUGCAAAAUACACAAAAAACCAGGCAUGGAAGUCUGAUGCAGACACUUUGUAUGCAGUCCCAGCUGAUGAAGUACCACUAGAAGACCAUUGCAAAUAUCGUUAUCUGUUCAAUUUCCGUGGUGUUGCUGCUAGUUUUCGUCUGAAGCAUCUUUUCUUGUGUCGCUCACUGGUGUUUCAUGUCGGUGAUGAAUGGUUUGAGUUCUUCUACCCUUCCUUACACCCGUGGGUUCAUUACAUUCCGGUCAAAAGCAGUGCUAGUAAAGAAGACAUUAGAAAACUGCUGGAGUUUGUAUCUGAUAAUGAUGAUAUAGCACGAGAAAUUGCUGAAAGAGGUCAUGAAAUGGUAGUCAGUCAUCUCAAAAUGAAAGAUGUGUUGUGUUAUUGGAAGAAAUUACUGAAAAAAUAUGCAAAACUUCUGCUAUUUAAACCCGAACAUGACAGGAGUUUAAUUGAGAGAAAUUCCUCCUGAAUGACUUGAACAUAAUUUCUGUGUUUGUCAGAAAUAUGUGCAGCAGACACGAAGAAAGAAGAUUGUAGCAUUGCUAUGUUGUGGUCUGUUACUAUUUACAGGUUGUGACUUCCACUUAUUUUCUGAUGGUGGGGUGAGAUUUCAGUUUCUCAUGACAGCGAGUAUGAAGAUGACUGUCUUCUGGGUUGUUGCAAUGUGGAACUCAUUGCCCUGAUGGUAGAGACAGCAAGCACCUCUAAAGUUUUAACAUAUUACAUGGUGCAACAACAUGGAAGACAGUCAUUUUAAAGUAGUUGUUGAUAUCUGGCAUGGGUUUGCCCAGAGGCAAUAAAUACAAAAGUAAUUCUUGAUUGUGGUUUUUUGCAACUAGUGUCUACUAUUUGGUCUUUAUUCUCAGGGAUGAUACAUGUUAAUUGCUUAAAAGUGAGUAAUUUUGGUUUGCAUUCCAGUAGACUCUUGGGUGUGGCUUUGGGUACUUCUGAUUAUGCAGGUGGUUGCCAUGUGGCAUCAUCUGAGGAUGAUAAAAAUUCUGACUCAAACACAAAUCAAUAAAAGAUAAGCCAUAAAUUGUUGGAACCAGUUAUUUCAAGAUGAUAAUUUGGUAGUAGGUGUGUCUGUAUAUCAUUUAUCUAUUUUAGGUUUUCUAUAUAUUUUAUUUAUCUAACAAUUGCCAGUAAGAAAAUCACUGCAAUAGAUCAUUGUUCUCAGAGUGCAGUGUUUCUGUACCAGGUUAUGCAAGUAAUUUUUCUUGUAUAACUUGAAAACCAGCAGAGUGUACUGUCCACAGAUCACAAGAAAAACCAUGCUGAGGGAAGUCGUUUCUGGUGCAGUGCAGGGGGAAUGUU